GAGCAAGUGUUUACUCCAAGUGACCAGGAAUACGGCGCAUAUCUGGAAGAUGAAUCUAGAGGAAGGGGGUUACUGGCGGACACGCUGCGCUGGCUCUGCUUUAUCAGCCGGUAGCUUCUCUCGGCUGAUCUCUGGACCCUCAGAUUGAGCAACACAACAGGAGACGGGGCAGCUUCUUAAUCAGAGAGCGAGACAAAGGCAAGGAGAGGGACAAGACGUGAAUCACAGAAAGUGAAAGAAGGAAGAGGGGCAACGAGCAGAGUUGUUACAGAGGAAUGAGGGAAGGGAGCAGUUGUCUGACAGAGUUCAACACUAGCAGAGGGGGCUUCAGCGUAGAAUGGUGUGGAGAACUUUUGAUUUAAGAAGAGCAUGAGAGGGAGGACUGGGGGGGGGGGGUCAGAGGCAGGGGUCCGGUACAGACUAAUUGCGGUGACAGCUUGUGCCAGGGGAAAAGGACUCAUGUGAGACUUAGAGGAAUGAAAAGAUAGAGACAAAGAGAAGGAACAGAAAGACCCAAAACUGGACUUCAGUAUGGGUGUGAAGAGCAAGGCUGCUGCUGCUAUCUUAGUCCUGCUGCUCUUCCUCGGCUCCCUGUGGCUCCAUGGAGGUCUGGAUUAUCAAUGGGAUUCCUGUUUUAAAGGUUAUAAUCAAGUAAAUAAGCUCCACCAGCUGUACAACAGCAGUGGGGCAGAAGGAGCGGAGGGCCCACAGGUCCUGGAGGGGUGCCCUGGUCAGACCUUCCAGGUGUCACUGCUGCUCUCCCACCUGCUGGCCGCUCCGGCCUACACCUCUGACGUGCUCCUGCAGCCGUAUCUUUCCAGCUGGGACGAACUUGUGAGGUUUAUGGAAGCUCUCGGUCCAAUGGUUGGACUCAUAUCCAAAGAGAUAGAAACUAAGACUUCUAUAAUCCGGCAACUGGCCGUGCUGGCUGCAGAGGGCCCUGAAGCCGAGCUGGGCCCGGACGGAAACUCAAUAAACUCUGUGAGCACAGAAGCGGGGACAAAGGACGACCCGGAGGCCUCGCAGCACACCAGUGCCUACUACUCUGUGCGCUCCAUGAUCUUGGCAGAGCUGAGCCAAGGCCAGGUGGACUUCAACGAGCAGACGGACUCUGGAUGCCGGACUCUCCUGCGUCUGCACCGCGCCCUGCUCUGGCUGAAGCUCUUCCUGGAGAAGCUGGCCGAGACGCCGGUGGCAGGUCGGCUCAGGAGCCCCUCGGAGCUGUGUCGCGAGGCCUACCAGAACACCCUCGCCAACCACCAUACCUGGUUUGUGCGCAGGGCCGCCGAGCUGGCCUUCAUAGCCUUGCCAGAGCGAGGUUACUUCUACAGGCUGGUGUGCGUGCAGAACCAGGAGGAGUUCGGCGUGCUGCUCAACAGAGUGGUUCAGGCUAUUGGAGAGGUUUACGACAGGACGCAGAAAGCACUGGAGGAAAAUGGCAUGCUGGACUUGCCAUAGAAAAGGGGACCGUCAGUCCUGGUUGUAUCCAGGGCUUCAUACAUAAACAAAAAUGUUGUAAACUUCUCAAUGAUAGAUGAAUGGACUACUUUUUCUAACUGAAGUUUACAUGUGCCAUAUUUUCCACUCGACCAAAGUGCUGUUAACAAUCAACUUACACUGAAAGAUUUUCUUUUUCAUCCUAUUAACAUUCCUCAUUCAAUUAGAUGUGACCAUAUGUUGAUUGGAGGUAUAGUUAAGGUAGCUGAUAAAGCAUUUACACUGUUUAAACACAGACUGUGAAUUAUUUAAGCUGGUGGACACAGAAUCAUGAACCUCCCGCCACACACAAAGAAACACAAUGUUCUUGAGACUGGGUCACAGGGGAGAUGAUUAAAGCUGCUGUGAGGAGUUUAAAGCUGGUUUUGAAACACACUUGAAAUGAUUGUUUAUGCCUCUGUAGACCUACAGAAGCAUCAUUGACUUGAAGGAUAAUUUCUAUAUAUUUUUUUGUAAUGCUUGUAACCAGAAGGAGGAGAGUAAGAAGAGCACACCAUGAAUCCACUCUAACUUUGCUAAAUGGUGCUUAAAGUGUUGUGCACAAGGUGGAUUCAUGUCGGCUCUUAUAUUAUAUUAUUAUUAUAAAUAUUAUAAUAAAGAGUACGGUUUACACCUGCUCUUUUUGCAAAGUGUCUUAAGAUAAAACUUAUUAUGUAUCGGUGCUAUACACAUAAAGAUUGAUUGAUUAUGAUAAUAUAUAAUACACUUUUAUCAAGCCCCCAUUCUGGGACAUUUCUUUUACAACAGCUCAAAAUAGAGGAAUAGAAUCAGCUAAAGAUAGGAAAAGGUUUAAAACAUAUUUAUAUUCUUUAAAUAUAAGAAGAAAGAUACUGUAGUAAUGAAAUUAUACUAGAAAUAUACACUCUGUUGGGGGCGCCGGGUUCGAAUCUGACCUGUGGCUCCUUUUCCCGCACGUCAUUUCCCACCCUCUCGCUCCCAAAUUUUCUGACUCUGUCCACUGUCCUAUCUCUAAAAUGAAGGCACAAGGUCCAAAAAAUAAACCUUACAAAAAGUAAAUAUAUACUGUAUACACUAUGUAGGCUUCCACUUGUGUGAAGUGUACGUAGUGAUUGAUUGACUGCAGAAACAGCCUUCUGUUUACAUUUUUCUGUUCACGUUCAGUGAUGAGGUUUGAUUGUUCAAAGACAGCAGGAUGAGAUUUUUUUGUUAAAACACAAACAGAACCGGUACGGGAACAAAUCAGCAAAAAAGAUCAACCAUGCUUCUUUGUCCACAAGGGGCACCAAAGUGCACACAAACUGAAUACUCCUCACAGACGCCUUAAAGAGUUGAUUGCAUUAGUUCUGUACAGUUUAUGUUUCAUGAUUGUGGUUAUUUUGUUUAACACACAAAUGUUGCUGUUCGCUUUAUAUUUGACUUGAUUUAGUAUGCUACCUCAUAACCGACUAGGUCUAGAUGCCUUUUUAGCCUUAAAAUCUGGGUCCAAUCAAUCCUGAUCAAAGACGUUUUACACUUAAUCAAUAAUAAUACAAUAAAUCGACAUGUGAUGAACAGAAGACAGUAAAAGGCCUUCACACUGACCGUGGUGUGAAUGUUGAGUAUGAAUUUCUGAGUUUUACACUGAAAGCUUUUGUACCAUGUUCUGAAUGAUCAAAUAUACAAGAGAAGGAGAAAA